UUUUGUCAUUGUAAUUGUGUGUUCAAGAGGAACAUUAGCGAACUAGUCAUGUUAUUUUAUUUCAUCAAUUGGUUUGGGAGAUGGUAGAGUUGUUGUAGAAAAGACAUUGGGAGACACUAAGACAAACAGGGUGCAACACAAACAUUAUAACGUAUGUAUCUGCCAUGUCAAAGUCUCUUGAAAUAAUGUGAGUGACCAUUUUAUUUGUUCAUCUUGUGAAUAAAAGAACAGAAGAGAUGUCCGCCCAAGUCAGACUGAGGCUGCUGCCGAGAGCCAGGUGCAUGUUUGAUGAGCCCGUUCAGGUGAAGGUGGACGGACUGAGGUCGGGACAUGUGGUCACCAUGAGAGCCAGAUCAACUGACGAGAAGGGGGUGGUGUUCAGCUCCUCGGCCUCCUACAAAGCUGAUGAGAGCGGAGAGAUCGACCUGGAGAGAGACCCCUCCCUCAGCGGGUCUUACUUCGGGGUUGAACCCAUGGGUCUGCUGUGGUCGAUGAGGGCAGACACUUUGCACAAAAGGUUUAUAAAAAACAAUUUAAUAAACCCACACGUGGUGAAGUUCUCUGUGCAGGACGAGGAGGAGGGGAAGGGCAGGAUGCUGGCAGAGGUAACCAAUGAGAGGCUUCUGCUUGGAGAGGGGGUCAACCGGCGGCCCGUGAAAGAAGGGAAUAUACGAGGUGUCCUGUUCACUCCCCCAGGUGAAGGUCCGUUCCCUGCUGUGUUGGAUCUGUACACUUUUGGGGGAGGAUUGUCAGAGAAAAGGGCCUCUCUGCUGGCCAGCCAUGGAUUUGUGGUUCUGACCGUAGCACUGUACGGCCAUGAUGACAUGGUGAAGAACAUCAAAGAGGUCCAUCUGGAUUAUUUUGAAGAAGCAAUAGAGUUUUUAAAGAAGCAAGAUAAGGUGGGCAGUAAAGUCGGUGUGAUAUCCAUUUCAAAAAGUGCAGAUAUUGCACUAACAAUGGCCUCGUACCUGCCAGAUGUUGAGGUCACAGUGUGGAUUAAUGGCUGCUCUGCCAAUACAUGGUUGCCCCUCUACUAUAAGAAGAGCCUGAUCCUCCCUCCGUUAAUGAUCGACAUCAGCAAGGUGAUUCUCACAGAGUCAGGGGCCAUUAAUAUUAAGUAUGCUAUGCAUAAUACGCUGGCAGAGGAGAACAAGGCCACCCUGGUCCCCAUUGAACAAGCCAAAGGACGUUUCCUGUUCAUGGCUUCAGAGGACGACCUCAACUGGGACAGCAAAGCUUACAUGGAGCAGAUGGUGGAGAGACUGCAGCGUCAUGGGAAGGACAACUUUGAGAGUGUGUGUUACCCCGGUGCGGGACAUUAUCUAGAGCCGCCUUAUGGACCCUACUGCCCCUCCAGUUUUCAUGGGGUAGCGGGCAAACCAGUCCUGUGGGGGGGUGAGCCCAGGUCUCACGCAGAAGCUGAAGUCCACAUGUGGAAGAAGAUCCUGGAGUUCCUCAGAACUCACCUGAGCUGUGAUGAUACACCGACUAAAGCCAAAUUAUAGAUACAAAUGAAUAUCAUGAAGACAUACUAAAGGAUAAACCACCGGCUGGUUAACUGAGAAUAAUUGUAUAAGAAUGUUUUGUAAUGAAGAAAAUUAUUAAAUGUUUGAUUUGAUGAUUGAACAUUUUAUAUGUUUAAAGAUAAUGAUUGAUUACAACCUGAUGCAGGGUUACUUCUGUUCACAGAGAAAAUGUUAUACUUGCUAGAUUUGCUCAUCUACGGUAUUAAAAAAACUUACGUGUGUGUGUGUGUGUGUGUGUGUGUGUGUGUGUGUGUGAAAAAGGUACAGACAGGAGCACCUAAUUGUGUGUAAAAUGUGUUAAUUGUUAUUAAUUAUAGCAAUUUUUUUCAAAAGCUCACAGCUGAUUAUAUUUUUUUAGGUAGUUAAUUUAACUUGCUAUAGUGCUGCUAACAUGCUUUAGUUGAAUAACAUAGUAUAAUGCUUUUUUUUAACCUCUUAAGA